AUUUGCGAUAUAACUUAUUAACAGAUGAAGGAUUCACUAGUUAUCUACUACGCUCACUUCACUGGAGUUUUUAUUGUCUUUUUUUUCUUUCUUUUUUUUUUCUAAACAAGCUAAAAAGUUUCCUUCAGUUAUUUAACCUAUUUGCAUCAUGACUCUACUUAAGUUUCUGUGUUCAGACAUCAGCGGCGUUCAACCAACUGACGAUUGGCUCGUAUCACCGCGCGCGGCCAUAUAUCGGCAGUUUUAUUUAUUAUUUAUUUUAUUUAUUAUUUAUUCAUUAACUUUUACAGUACACAGUAAACUGUAAACUUCAAAAUAACAGAAAUGAAUGUGCAAAGCUUCUUUAAAACGUUUAUAACUCGCUUACAUCUCGUGUAAAACUCGUUUAAUAAUUUCCAGUCAUCAUAACAUAGUAAUUAUCUCAAUAACCUCUGCGUGGAAUGGAUCAAUUAAGUGAACAAUUAUAUAGUGACUGACAUGCUCCGCUCUUUUAUGAUGCGCAUGAUUACGACAUAUAUGUACAGUUGUGCAUGUAUGUAUGUAUAUAAAUACUUUGAAGAUUGCAAAACUCGGUAGUUUAGUUGAAAUUGUUUGCCUAAGCAUGUCUCCGUUAUUAAUCGCAGUUGUCGUGCUGUUAUUAGCGUUUAAAUUUUAUAAGUUUUCGUGUUAUAAACCACCGAAUUCACCUCCAAGUGUUUUUAGAAUUCCGAUAUCAGGAUCUUACUUGACAUUACUGUUGAGAAACUACUCCUUCCCAUAUAACACUGUCGAAUAUUAUGCAAAGAAGCUGAAAACAAAAAUCAUCGGCUAUUACUUAGGUUCUUUUUGGGUAGUAGUAGCUAACGAUUAUGCCAACAUAAAGGAAAUACUCAAGAGGGGCGAAUUCAAUGCUCGAGUUACGGAAGUGCCAAUUAUAAAAGACCGAUCUUUUGGAAAGAUGUUGGGUAUAACUUUCACCGAUGGUCCAUUAUGGCGUGAACAGAGGAGAUUCUUUCUUCGUAAUGUACGGGAUUUCGGAUUCGGACGGCGACAGGAAGCCUUCGAGAGAGAGAUUUUGGACGAAGUAUCUCUGCUUAUCAAUAUCUUAAAACACGGACCCAUUUACGAUGGAGAAAAGGAAAUAAUAAAAGGCAACUUAGCGCUCUUUCCAGACAUUCUUUAUUCGACAAUAGGUAGUUCUUUGUGGAAGGUUUUAUUCGGUCAAAGAUUUGAUAGAACCGAACACGACAUUCCACGGCGGGUAUGUCGCCUAUCCAUGAUGUUUGUAAGAUCGCUCGAAUCGACAGGUGGUGCGAUCUUUCACCUACCUUUUUUAAAAUUCUUUGGAAACAUGUUCGGAUACAAAAAUGUAAUAAAAUCAAAUUAUUUGGUAGCAGAUAUCAUCCAGGAAUAUUUGAAAUCCCUAGAGACAACUUUCGGCGAAAAUGUUGAUAGAGGAUUCGUCGACAGAUAUCUGAACGUAUUGAACAAAAACGAUAAAUCGCAAUAUUUCUCAGAGAAGCAAGUAAUCAUGAUGCUAACUGAUGUGAUGCUGGCUACGUGCUCUACCAUUCCAGCUACUGUUACCCAAAUUAUCAAGUUCCUGAUAAACCAUCCUAUGGUCUUGAAGAAAGCGCAAGAUGAGAUAGAUAAGGUCGUUGGCACUGGACGUUUGGUGACAUGGGAUGAUCGAAAGAAUUUGCCUUACACAGAGGCGGUGAUCCGCGAAACGAUGAGGAUAAAUUCAUUGCUUCCGCUCGGCAUAUUUCACAGAGCCGUCAAAGAUACCACUCUAGGAGAAUACACGAUAUCGGCGAAUACACCAGUUGUAACUAAUUUAGCAGCGAUGCAUCAUGACCCCGACCUAUGGGGGGAUCCGGAAAAUUUUCGACCGGAGAGAUUUAUAAACGAGAACAACGAACUAAGCAAAGAUAUGUCACUGCCUUUCGGUUUAGGUCAUCGGGUUUGCCCGGGAGAAACUUACAGUAGAUACAAUAUGUUCGGGAUGAUAGCCGCCCUGUUGCAAACCUUUAACUUCUACCUGGUCGAAGGUGAACCGUCGAGAAUUAAAGACAACUUAUCAGGUCUUAUUAUAACUCCGAAGGAAUUUUGGGUACGAUACGAAUUGCGUUGAUUUAUCUCGUCCUCUCCUUCCAUAACUCGAAUGGUAUAAACUUGAUAUAAUUGACACUUAUUUUGAUAAAGAAUUCUUGGUCCGUCGUUGCAAGACGGCCGA